CCGUCACAAGGCCCCGCAGCGUCUCCGGAGCCGCAGGCGCAGGCCCAGCCGAGCCGGCCGCCGAGCGGGUGCGGGUGUGGGUGCGGGCGCAGCGGCCAUCGACCGCGCGGUCGCGCACCGGACACCGUGCGCACCGUUCCGGAGGCGCCCCGCGAGUGGGGGAGACCACAGAAUCUGAGGCCAUGCCCCAUGAAAAGAGUUUCUUGGUGUCUGGGGACAGCUAUCCUCCCCCCAACCCUGGAUAUCCUGGGGGACCCCAGCCAUCCAUGCCUCCCUACCCUGGAGCCCCUUACCCACAAGCCCCCUUUCAGCCUUCUCCAUAUGGCCAGCCAGGGUACCCCCAGGGCCCCAGCUCCUACCCCCAAGGUGGCUACCCGCAGGGCCCCUACCCCCAAGGGGGCUACCCCCAGGGCCCUUACCCUCAAGGGGGCUACCCUCAGGGGCCAUAUCCACAGAGCCCCUUUCCCCCCAACCCCUAUGGACAACCACAGGCCUUCCCGGUACCGGACCCUGGCUCACCUCAGCAUGGAAACUACCAUGAAGAGGGCCCCCCAUCCUACUACGACAACCAGGACUUCCCCGCCACCAACUGGGACGACAAGAGCAUCCGCCAGGCCUUCAUCCGGAAGGUGUUCCUGGUGCUGACCCUGCAGCUGUCUGUGACGCUGUCCACUGUGGCUGUGUUCACCUUCGUCGGGAAGGUGAAGGGCUUCGUCCGGGAGAACGUGUGGACCUACUAUGUGUCCUAUGCUGUCUUCUUCGUCUCCCUCAUCGUCCUCAGCUGCUGUGGAGACUUCCGGCGCAAGCAUCCCUGGAACCUUGUUGCCCUGUCGAUCCUGACCAUCAGCCUGUCCUACAUGGUGGGCAUGAUCGCCAGCUUCUACAACACUGAGGCAGUCAUCAUGGCCGUGGGCAUCACGACGACGGUCUGCUUCACGGUGGUCAUCUUCUCCAUGCAGACCCGCUACGACUUCACGUCGUGCAUGGGCGUGCUGCUGGUGAGCCUGGUGGUGCUGGUCGCCUUCGCCAUCCUCUGCAUCUUCAUCCGCAACCGCAUCCUGGAGAUCGUGUACGCCUCGCUGGGCGCCCUGCUCUUCACCUGUUUCCUGGCUGUGGACACCCAGCUGCUGCUGGGGAACAAGCAGCUGUCCCUGAGCCCCGAGGAGUACGUGUUCGCCGCGCUGAACCUCUACACCGACAUCAUCAACAUCUUCCUCUACAUCCUCACCAUCAUCGGCCGCGCCAAGGAGUAGCCGGAGCUCGGGGCCCCACUCAGGCGGCGUGGUGGGCCUGGGUCCUGGCCCUGACGGGGCAGCGCCGUCACACCUCCCCUCGCGCCCCCGCCUCCUGCCGGCCACAGCCCAGGACCGUGGGACCCCCCUCCGACCCUCCCAUGUGUAACUGCAGAUUCUCCUGUGUGGACCUGCCGUGGCCAGCAUGGCCCCUUCUCGCCCUCCGGCCCCGCCCAGGGCAGUGGGGCCCGGUUCCCAGGCCGCCACCUGCUCACUCACUCACUGUUGCAUGAGCCGUCUGCCAGCCCGCCCCAGGGUCCGGGGGCCACACCAGGUCUUGGGGAGAGGGUGCGAGCCAAGGGGUGAGGGUGCACGUCUCCCUUCCCGUUCCAGCACCCCCCCAAGCCUGGCCUAGGGUUCCCCUUCCCCUACCCCUCCCCCACCCUGGAGCGCUGCCCUCUGGGGGCCCUGAGGACUGAGGGCCUUGUCCCCCCCGCGGAGCCCUGAGGGCAGAGAAGAUGAGGCUAUUUCAGGGGGAGGGAGGCCUUCCUCUGUCUUGCUGUCUUUAAAAUUCCAAUAAAUGGGCCCUUGUGCUCUCCACGUUGUGA